UAAGGAGAAUUCGGCACUAGUAUAAAUAUGCCAAUUGACGGACUUUGAUUGCAACACUUUCAUUAUGUACAAGGUCUCCCUCAUUUGCUGCCUACUGUUGGGCUUGUUCCUGGCCCUCAGCUCCGCCUACAAUGGCCAGGACAUCUACGCCGAGCCCAACUGCGCCAUCGUCGAGGAUCACGCGCGCAAGUUCCGCGACAUCUCAGACCCCACCCACUACUGGGUGUGCCCCGAGGGUCAGGAGAAGGCCGACUACAUCCAGUGCCCGGACAACUACGCCUUCAUGGAGCAGCAGCAGAACUGCGUUGUCUGGGAGGAGUGGAAGUGGGUCGAGCCCUACACCAAAUAAACAGCCAACUUUCGUCCUGUUGCUGAACGUCUAA